GCGUAAAACGCAGCUCCCCACGGUCGCGACUGCAUCAGAAAAGAGCAGUUAGUAAUUCUCACAGGCAACAUCAUGGCGAGCCCAUCUCCAGCUCGGGACUCCAUAGCUUUGGAGAAGGACGAGGAGCUACUAACCACGGGCAAUGGCAAUGCAGUUGGGAUGGCCACUAAUGCAGUCGUUUAUCCCGUCGACGACCAGACUGGUCUGAGGAGGAGGGCUGUCAGAAGCAUUGUGGCGUCAACAAUCGAGGGACAGCCGAACAACAGCCAAACGACGCCGAUCCCAGACGCAGGAGGAAGGGGUCCCGGAGACGAAGAUGAUCCCUACAGAGUCCUUGAGAGGCCAGGGCCUAAGCAAUCGUACACGUGGCAGCAGCUCAGGGGUUUCGAUGACUGGAGCACUACAGGCAUGCUUGACCUCGAUGACGACUGGAUUGAUCCAAAAACUAGCGACGUACGCUAUGGCCCGCUCAAGGGAAUGCUCAUAAAGUAUGGUGAGCUCGCGCAGUUGACGUACGAUGCGACGACGUUUGACAGCACAAGCCGGUACUGCGGACAGUGCGUCAUUGGACCUGAGAACAUAUUUAAUCUUCUGUGUGCCAGACCGGAGGACUUCCUUGAUUCCCUGGUAUCCCCGACCUUCGGGGACGGGACAAGCCCAGACGAAGACACUGAUCCUGCCCCCCCYAGCAGUCUGCCAGCCCAGGUAACCGGGACAGGAAUGCCCGCGCUCCAGGACCAGGCGAAGCUAGGUAGAAGGUCAAGGUGGAGCUACCGUCGCAGAUAUUCGGACGUUCGAUACCUUUUCGCAACAUCACGAGAAGAUACCCCUUUUAGGCUGUUCAGGCUCAUAUGGAGGCUUAUUUUCCCUCCAUCAACCCCCCCCUUCAUCGACGCCCCUGGCRCUGGGUCCACGCUCGUUGAUACCAAUUGGUUUGGUUUCACAGCCAUCAGCGACAGGAAACCUGGCUUUGGCCAGCAGGGACGAGACAUUGUCGUCGUGUGGAGAGGGACCCAGGCAGAUCUGGAGUGGGCACAGAAUUUCAAAGGAUGGCAGGUUCCCUUCCACAACGACGAAGAAGCCUUGAGAGACCCUCAGCGGCGUGCUGUGCGCGUGUCACAUGGGUUUCAGCAACUGUAUACAAGCAUGGUCAGCGAUCUUUCUCUGUACAAUCGCGGAAGUGCACGAUGCCAAGUUCACCGCAGCCUGAGGCAGCUCCUACGAAAGUACGAUGACGUGGAUUCCAUCACGAUUGUGGGCCACAGUCUGGGUGGCGCAUUAUCAGUCCUAAGUGCGUACGACAUCGUGGACUCGGGGCUAAAUGUGGUGCCUUUAGAGAAAAACGACGGGUCUGACGCUGGGGUAAUAAAGGCUGGCAGCAACGGCACGARCGGCGUUGCACUGCCAUCGUCUUCUUGGAACGAUGGCCCACUUAAGCGGGGGGGUCGAGUUAUACCCGUGACGGUGUUCGCCUAUGCGGCACCCAGAGUUGGCAACGCUGCUUUCAGGGAUGCUUUUGAACGGCUUGGCAGACGAGGGCUCAAAUGCCUCCGUAUUGUGAAUACCCAUGACAUUGUUCCUCGUGUUCCUGGUUUUCUUAUCAACGAGACACGAGGGCGGCUGGUGCAAUGGCUGUCCCGAUUCAUUUUUCAUGCUGCCUACUUCCAUGUUGGUAAGGUGAUUGUCRUCGACAGCAAGAAGCCGCCAUUGCUGCGGUCUAAGCAGGGGCCUGUUGUGGCACACUCGAUGGAGGUCCUCUUGCACACAUUGGACGGAUGGCGUGGACCGAAAGCCGCAUUCCUUAUGACUGGCAUUCGCCCUUACGCGCUAGCAAACAAGCGAGCGGACGCCCUCCAUCCCGACCUGAGGGUAAAGCCUWAUUGGGUGACCUUCGCGAACAGCCGCUAUGUAUCAGACUCGGAACGCGGKACUGUGUACGAGCGUUACUUGAACGGAACAGACGGCAGCGACCACUACAACCCGUACGUUGAAAGGGUAUCACAAAGGCACUGGGUUUUUCAGCCAGGYUACGGACCCAGGCAGGGGGGGGAUGCGAUGGGGRGGGCCGUUCGAGCGAGGGCUUCUGCAUGGGCGUUGAAGGCCACUGCCAGCUUCCGCAAGGGUCUUGGGGAAGCGGGUUCGUCUUCGAAUCUGAUUCAGAAGGCUGCGCUGGGUCUCAAGGUCCACACUGGUAAGCAUCCAGCGGAGUGUGCGCUUUGCAUAGACAGAGGAACGAGAGACGGCAUCAAGUUUGUCAGGGAUGAUGGGAAAAACAGCAAGGCGGAGGAGAAGAAUAGAGCCAAGAAGACCAUCAUCUCGCGGAAAGAGUACUUUCAAGAGCACCCUGUGAAGGGACUUUUGGGGCGUCGGAAGACGAGGAUAACUACUGUGCAUCCUCAUGCAUGUUGCAUUUGCUUUGACRGGGAAACGGAAAGGUACUGCGAUGAUGAACGACUGACGRUGGAACAGAUAGCAACCAUCRCCAUCAACAGGGAUCUCCCUCUCACUUGGGAGGCAUUACACUGAGGGACAAAGACCAUGGAAACUGAGAUGGACUGGAAUCGUCAAUUAGCGAAAAGGGCUCUUGAAGCAUAAUCAC